AUGAAUUGAUUGGUUGAUAAUUUUAGAAAAAUGGUCUGAUGUGACAUUGCUAUGGAAACGUAAUCGAAAGAGCAAACAGUUCAAACCAGAAGUGGCUCGCAUUCAAGUGAAUGUCAAUCAAAACAAUACUUUUAUCCGCCGUAUUCUAUGAAUUGACGUUCAGAGAAAAGCUUCCUAGAUGAUUAAUCUCCAGCAGUUAACUUUGCGUAAGGUUUUUAUCUGCCUCUCAUCUGACCGAAGUAGAUCUCAGCUGUCAGUCUGUUUGUCGAGUUACGUAAGUACACGUGUAAAGUACAAUUCGGUAUGAUUUGGUCACGCGAUAAGGAAACUGAAAGAUCCGCACAUGUAGUGACUAUGCUUGGAUCACUGUCCUUUCUGCAUGUAUUAGCGUAAUCGAUUGAAAACUGAAAAAGGGUAAACAAAGGGAGAAGUGACGCACAGCGAAAAAGCGGAAAUACCUCUGUGAUAUUGGGUUGAUUUUGUCAUAUUUCACUUUUACAUAGAAAUUGUCUUUCUCGGAAUUAUGACCACAAGACCUAUUUCCCACCUGCACAAUGGAAAACUUCAAGUUCAGCAUGGGAAAAUUAAACAGACAAAUACAAACUUGCUUUUGAGGCAUUGUUGUGGUUGUUGAUUAAGUUUGGCGGCAACAUUUAAAUACUUUCCUCGCGAUUGAACCCGGCAUCGUGUGUGGUUAGUCAUUCAGUAACAAAGCAGGCUUGUAUCGAUGGCAUCAUGCAAAUCUUUGAAUUGUGUUCUAUUAAACGGAAAGAGCUUUUCCCGCCCUCUGGGUUUAGAGCUUUCCAUUUGCGGUCAGAUCUUUAUUUGCAUACGGGAUCAGGUUACUUUGUAAACUUUCCCUGCAAAGCUCAAACACGUUUAGUCAAGUGUGACCUAACAGCUAAGGAAAUUAAUCCCUUCGAAAUAUUUUUUCUUUUUAAAUUAUUUGUUUUUGAGCUUAGGAACACUUCUCAUAUCUAACACUAACUCACGCUUAGCAUGUGUUUUUGUUCUUGCCGCUUCCAAAUAGAAAUUGCUGAAUUAAAAUAACGUGCCAAAAAGAGAGAGAGAGGGAUGUAAAAUAAGCUAUGGUGCACUACAAUAGUUUAGAGCUCCUUUUCAGGGACCUCUCUGCCUACAUUACAUUCUUGUUGGAGAGGGGGCAGGCUUACGCAAGCUACCGUCUGUACCCCGGUGGAAUGCUAACCGCCGAGAAGGACUGGUAACCACUUACAUUAAACCGUCACUUCAUGAUCUUGCCACGUUGUCUUGAAAACUUUUUCUUUUCAAGUUUUUUGAUGUACUUUCAGUUAUUCUAGAAUUGCGUUAAUCUCUGCUAAAUGUCAUCAAAAGGAAGCAGGUCCAAAGUCUCUUUCAAAUUAUUUUCAGCAAAUAAUUAUUCGCAGUUGGCGAGCAGAUUCCCAUUUCUGAAAAAACGACAGAUCAAGACGAAACUUCUUCAAUCCUGGAAAAAGUUUCAGUCCAGUACCGAAACCACGACGAGCAAAGGAGAGAUUCAGAAACCAAAAUUUUUGAAUGAGAUUGUGGCCAGUGAAGCCGAGAGUGGCCCGCUAAAGAGAAGAGAGGAAGAUGUCUUGCAGAAGAAAUCUGAGCGUUCACCCAUUAUUACAUACUCAGUCAGACAGCGCAAUCAAGAUGACUGUGCUAAGAGGAAAAACAAUGACACAGCAAGUGAAGUGGAUUGUACAUCCUCACUGAUCGGCAUGAGUAGAGCUUCUGACGAUUCAAAAAUGGUAGACAACAAACUACUCUCAAAAAGAAGAAAACAAAACGAGUUGAUCGAUCUUUUUGAGGAGAUAGACGCAGAAACGUUGUUGAUCGAGCCAGAGCAUAUUAGGAGUUCCGAUAUCGAUUUAGUGUCGAGUACUGCUGGCAGUUUUGAUCACAACGAGUGGCUGAAGAAGCUCAGAGAAGUAACAUUCGUAGAGAGCAACAACACGGUGUCUGGAAUGUUCAAGUGGCGAGCCGACGGAAAAAAGAAUACACAGAGAAAUGUCGACGAAAAUAAACAUAAAUCAAGGUUUUUAGGGAGUAACGACUAUGAAGGCGGCAGUAACUUCUUCAGCAUGUUUGAACACGAGGACGACAUCUUUCUUUAAGAAAAAAGUUCAUUCUGCCUCAAA